ACGACUGGUUUGGGACAGGAGUAAAGUUUUGUAUUGAACUGGCAGUGCAACUGGCUUUGCUUCGUCUACUUUUCUUUUUUGAAAAUACUUUAUGUUAUUAUUCAGAAACAGAAACCUGUCGGAGAAUUCUCUGUAAUUGGUCUGAAUAUUUCUAUACUCACAAGAUCAGGGUUGGUUAGAAAGUUGGCAGACGACGUCAAGCAGAGUCUAACAAAGACUUACAAGCCGCUUUCGACUUACUACACAGGACAACACCUCAAAAUUCGAGAGCGAGCGGGUGGCCAACCCUGACAAACAGCGGCAGCAGUUGGAAGUUAGGCUUAGCCUGCUACCUGCCAAGCUAAAUACUUCAUUAAAACAGAAAAUGGAACUGGAAUCGUUUUACAGUGACUAUUCUUUGGAGCAAACCGAUUUUUUUCCUCAAAACUCCAGUAACACCACAAUGGCUAGCAGCAAGAAACCCAGAGUUCCCAAAAUAAAAUUUGAGAUGGACUAUGUUCCGCGUGAUUGCAAUGCCCACAUUAUGAUUCCACCACAUGCUAUUAAACGGGAAGUGAUCAAUGAUGAUUCUUGUGUGCCUAGAUCCCUUGGAUCCAUGCAAAAAGUGCCUUCUCUGAGUGAUCUUUCUGAAGAAAGUUCGAUGGAACUUCCCACCCAGGUGCCGCCACUGACUCCAGGGACCAAUCAAAAAAUGACCCAAGCACUGACAGCUAGCUUCGGCAACUGGGAGAAGGAAAGACUAAAACUCUGUAUUCCUAAAGACCCACGUGAAUGGAGUGAGAUGGAUGUGACUCACUGGUUGAAUUGGGCAAUUCAAGAAUUCAGUUUGGAAGGGGUUAAUCUUCAUAUCCUCAGAAUGAAAGGUCGAGAUAUGUGCGAGCUUGGUAAAGAGUCUUUCCUCGCACGUGCCCCACCGUUCAUGGGUGAUAUUUUGUGGGAGCAUUUGGAUUUGUUACAGAAAGACGUGGAUAAAGAGAGAGCUUCCUUGGAAAACGUUCCUUCCAAUCUCUACGAAUCGGUAUGCAUGCCAGACUUUGACGAAUUUUUUCAACAAGGGGGAAGUUAUCCACUGCCAGAACCGAAAGUUACCCCUGUCAUGAACGGCACCGGACCCGGUACUGCCGUUCCCAAUGGCCAACCUUAUGUAGAAGGUGGAUACAAUCAUAUCACUGAAUCAAUCCACACUUUGAAUGAUAUGAACCACGAGGAGAUGGGUUUAAGCCAGCAAUUCAACGAUUCACAAGAAUACGGGUUGGAGGCCAGUACUCCUCAUCCGGGCUAUUUGGACGCUAGUCCGGAAUUUUAUCCAACGCCGUCCACUCCAGUCAUGCUUCCAGAAACCAAAUAUCAACCUACUUAUUCUACGAAAAGUUAUCCCAGAGCUCGGUACCCUCAUGAAAUGCUUCCACCUGACAGCUACAUGACUCAUCAUUAUGAGCCACCCUUCCAGACUGUUCCAGGCUCCAUCCACAGCCCAGCUGAUCAUUGGAAUCCUGAACUGUCAGGUCAUCCUGGAAUGCCAACAGGCCCAGUGAUCCAUUCUCACAAUCAACAUCAUCCGGCCUUUGUGGGAAUUUCUAUUCGGGACUCUAAUAUGCCAUUGAGCAACGUGAAUCAGAUGCAAAGCCUAAAUCAUGGCCAGUCUCUUGGACAAAGUCCUCUAACGGGAGGUGAUGAUAGCAAGCCAGUCAUUCAAGCCGCCGUUCUUGCAGGGAGCGGGCCCAUCCAGUUAUGGCAGUUCUUGUUGGAACUUUUAACCGACAAAACUUGCCAAGGAUUCAUCAGUUGGACAGGUGACGGUUGGGAGUUCAAACUAACAGAUCCCGAUGAAGUGGCCCGACGUUGGGGCAUUCGGAAAAACAAACUUAAGAUGAACUAUGAGAAGCUCAGUCGCGGGCUGAGAUAUUAUUACGACAAAAAUAUUAUCCACAAGACUGCUGGAAAACGUUACGUGUACCGUUUCGUGUGUGAUCUCCAAUCUCUCUUGGGUUACACUCCCGAAGAGCUGUACGCCAUGGUUGAUUUCAAGCCCGAGAAGAAGGAUGACGAAUAGAGUCAAUAGUGAUCUGGUCCACUAAUGUUAGACAUUACCUUUCUUGUAACUGACAAGCAGCGUUUCUCCCAUGUAUUGGUUGAAAAGGAGUGAAAAAGUUGUUCUGCCUUACUGGUUUCUCCUGGACAUUAUAUGACAAAAUGAGAUACAAUCAAGUAUUUCUUUCGUGUUUAGAAAGAUAAAAAGUUUUUUCUUACACUAUUGGAAAUCACAUUUAAUUUAGCUCUGUAGUACUAGCAGAAAUCGGUCUCAGUUGCAUGUCCAUCCGACUUUUAGAGUCAUGCAGUUUAUUCUGGUAUAACUGCUAAGGGAGAAAUCAUUGUAUAUAUGGAUAUUGCCUGACGGCUGUGUUGUCAGGAAUGUUUCAUAAGAUCUCUGUUUUUUUCUUUAUAUAUUACAGUUAUUGUAUUUUAUUAUUAAAGUGCGCUUUGUGGAAAUUGUUAGAAUAAUAGAUUUUUAAAGGUUUACAAAUAGUAGUAUUAUAAAACAUUCAGUAUUUUUGCACACUUGAUAGCCUAUUUAACUGUUUUAUGUGGUAAGAUAUAAGUUUAGAACAAACACAAAAAAUACUUUCUACCUGAUAUUUUCCUAAAGUGCCUUACACAUUAGAUGUCACAAGUUUCAUCUUACACAUAUUAUUUUACCAACUUUGAAACUACAUUGUAAUGUGAAGUUUGGAAUAUAGAAUUCUUUAACACAGAUUUUCAAAAGCUCAAAGUGACUUAAACGUUGUCGUCAUAUUUUUUAAAGAAGCGACAGCACUUUGGUCUGUUAUAAAACAUGUUAUAAAAGAAUAAAAACCACAACUGAUAUAGCACAUUUGUCCAUUCUCAACUCUAAUCUCUUGUUAUGCUGUAAUGUUAAACACACAUUCGCCGAAAAUAUUUUUUUUAGCUCAACGUUGAUGUCUUAAAUUACGAUAUCAUUGAGGAAGGUUAAAAAGCUUCAAGUAUUGUUUCUUUUUUAAAAGUUUAAAGAUGUUUCCUGCAAAUAUUUGAAAACUUGUUAAAUUUACUAUAUGUUUUGAUGAAGUUUUUAAGACUAUGAACUUAAAAAUUCUAACUUUUAUAGAAAACAGUCGAAAUAUUUUGUUUAAACAGAUCAAUAGGUCUAGAAAAUCGACGAAAGCUUAGCUGUUUCAAUCUUUCAAAAAUGAGAAAUACUGCUUAUUUUUUUAUAUGUUUAUGAACAUUGUGUCUUUUAUGGUAAACUAAAACUUUUUGUCUAUACAUAUUACUUGCGUGUGAGUUUCUCCAUGACAGCAAAGAAUAUAUGAAUGAUUAGUGCGAUAAGAUAUAAAAAUAUUUAAUUAACAUAUGAUCCGUUAUAAACUGUCAUGUUUCAAAACGUUACUUUCGAUUUAAAAUAGCAGGAAUUUGUAUUUAAUAUAUCAAUAGUGUAAAAAUUGUAAUUUCUCUUGUUAGAAUUUAUGAUGUUUAGUUCAAUUACAAUUAGCAUUGUCAAUUACGUAUUCAAUAUAUAUAUAUAUAUAUAAUAAAUUCUUAUUCUUGCUAGGCCUUCAAUGACGUUUGUAUGUGUAUGUGUGUGUUUAUUUGACGACAGCGCUGCUCUCUCGUGGCGAAGUAGAUAGACACUGUUCAAGGACGAAGCACAGCAGAUUGUUUGUAAUUAUUUUCUUUUUUUUUAUAUUUAUCUGCUUCCAGUUUAGCAAUGGUCACAUAAUUUAGCCGGUUGUGUAGUUGUACCUUAAAUACAUGUGAUAGUACUUUUAAUUUUCAUAAUUAAGUUUAACCUGUAAAAAUACCUUUGAUUGUAAGUUUUGGUGAUACCAAUAUCUUGGAAGUGGAUAUCUUAUUUAGAAUAGACUUCAUGUAUAAUCGUUCUUAUGAUAAUAACCUUUUAUAAUCCCAGCCAAAAAUGAAUAAUUCGCCAUUAUCUUAACUUUGAGUUGUAAAGAAUCAUAAAGGUAUGUUGUGAUGAAGUUUCUUAAAAUUAAUUUUCUUAGUCCGUUAACUAUGCUUUCGUUUCAUGAAACUUAUAUACAGCAGAAAAAAUAAAGGUAUUUUACAGACUAUAAAUUUCCUUGAAAAUAAGUGGUAUCUGCUGUCAACUCUGACUUAUUAUAAACCUUUCCUUCUUCUUGUUAUGUAUUUUUGGAAAUCUUUCGUGAAAACAAGGGACUGUGUUUAGUGUCUGGAUUUUAAAUGAUGACCCUGGUGACAAGAAUAGCCUUCUGUCACCCGUUAUGUUUUAUAUACUCCUAUGAGCACAAAAUGGAUGUAGGACUAGCCAUAUCAGAUUUUACAAUAGAGUAGCAAAUUCAUGAAAUUACACAUUAUUUCUUCAUGUGACGAGCUACCCUUACCAACAAUGUUAAUCAUCCAUCUAUAACUUUCACGAAUCUUGAAUUUUGAUUAUUCAACAUGUGUAAAGCAUAUAAUAAAUAAAAAUAUGUUUGAUUUCA